AAAUUCCAGAUGCCUCUUCCAUGUGCCAUCGUCCUCACGGUCCCCCUUGCCAUUUUUAAAAGCCAAGAAAAAGCUUACGCCUCCUCAGCAACUCCAUCAAAAUUCGUUUUUUAAUUUUCUUUUUGAAUUAUUUAAACGGAAUAAAAAUGGGUUCAUUUCAAUUAGUCUGUUUUUACAGUCUCAUGAAUGUUCAGAGAUCUGUUCUUCAUUAGAUUCCUAGCAUUCCUUGGCGUCGUCGGCUUCUCUCUUCUUGUUUUCUUGAUAACCAUGGAUGUUCCCGCAACUACAGUCACAACAGACGGUGCUCAAAAGAAUGAUUAUUCGGUGUGGGCAGUUCCACCGGAAGAUGUGAUACCGAGAAUCAAGAAGUUGAUGGAGGGUCUACGAUCAGAGUUCGGCGGGCCCCAGUUCGAGCCGCAUAUGACUGUCGUUGGGUUGGUCAGUUUGACGCAGGUUGAUGCGUUGGCCAAGUUCAAAGCUGCGUGUGAUGGGCUCAAGGCUUAUAAUUGUAGUGUGGAUAGUGUGGCUACUGGGACUUUCUUUUACCAGUGUGUUUAUUUGCUGAUUCAUCCAACAACUGAGGUGGUGGAAGCUAGUGCAAAGUCCUGUAGCAUUUUUGGGUUCAAAUCGGCAACACCUUAUAUGCCACAUAUAAGCCUGCUUUAUGGGGACCUGACAGAUGAAGAGAAGAAAAAGGCUCAAGAAAGAGCUUACUCUCUUGAUGAGAGCAUUGGGCAACUAAGCUUCCCGGUUACUCGCCUUCAGCUGUGGAAAACACCCACUUCGGAUAACACUCUCACAUCUUGGGAGAAGAUUGCUGAGUACAAUCUCAGCCCCAAUUAACUUUUCUUUUAAUCCUUUAUUGAAUAAUUUGCAGCAAGAUCCACCGUACGAUAAUCUACUUCAACUUGUUGCGUACAGUUUAUAAAUAGAACACUCCAUGGUGUCUGCUGCCUUUAUUAUAUGCAGCUUAUGUUUAGUUUUCUGGUUA